CGUCACCACGAGGCUCGCCGUGGUGGAGUGUGGUUUAAAAUCGCUUGUAUAGAAAGCGCGUUUAUUUUUCUUACUUCUAAUUCUAAUCGGAUCGAGAUGGCGGUGGAAUCCAGAGUUACACAGGAGGAGAUCAAGAAAGAGCCGGAGAAGCCGGUGGAUAGAGAAAAGACAUGUCCUCUGCUGCUCCGAGUUUUUACCACUAAUAAUGGCAGACAUCACCGAAUGGACGAGUUUGCGCGCGGAAAUGUUCCGUCCAGUGAGCUUCAGAUUUACACAUGGAUGGAUGCCACCCUAAAAGAGCUUACCAGCCUGGUGAAGGAGGUUUAUCCUGAAGCUCGAAAGAAAGGAACACACUUCGCCUUUGCCAUUGUGUACCCAGACCCAAAAUGGCAAGUCUACAGAGUGAAGGAGAUUGGUAAUACUGUAUCAGGUUUUAAGGGGGCAGAUGACUCCAUGACCUUGCAGUCUCAACGCUUCCAGAUUGGAGAUUACCUGGACAUUGCUAUUACACCACCGAACCGUGGUCCCCCAAUGCAAGGACGCAUGAGACCUUACUGAUCCUCUAGGAACAUUUCAGCUCAUUUUUUUUGUCAUAAUUUCUUUGCCAUUUUUUUACUUAACCACAUUCACUGAAACCAGAAUUGCUGUUGUUGAGCUGUUAAGAUGUUGGUACCAUCACUUACCACACUGUACAUUCUUUUGGUGAAUAAAUUGUUUACUUUUUAUUUUAGGAAA